AUGACUAACUUAGCUAACAUGAUUCAAGCAAGCACUGCGAGGACUACUCGUGCUAUGCGACGAACCAGGCAAUCGGUCAGAAGCGAAGAUGAAGAAGGUGUUGGGGAUAACUUAGUUGGUGUUCCAAGAACUCUAGCUGCUUUUCUGAAAGUUGACCCACCAAUUUUCAAUGGAUCGAUAAAUCCUGCUGAGGCAGACAACUGGUUCAAAGCUGUGGAGGGUGCAUUACAGACUCAACAAGUCCCGAAUAAUCAGUUCGUUGAAUAUGCGGCUUAUCAACUAAUGGGAGAACCUCAGCAAUGGUGGCAAGGAGAGCGCCGACCGCUACACCUACAGAAGGUGGACAUUACAUGGGCGUUAUUCCAAGAAGCUUUCUACAAAAAGUACUUGCAUGAAUCAUUAAGGGAGGCCAGAGAGUUGGAGCUCUUACAGCUGAAGCAAGGGUCCAUGACUAUAGCUGAAUACAUCAGCAAGUUCAAGGAACUCUAUAUGUCCUCGAGAAUAAGUCGGGGUACUCCUUAG